AUUGCGAUAGCGUAUUUUUCAAACUGUACGUUGCGUUUGGAAGUUCUGUUUUUAAUGGUCAUCAAGCGUUCAUUAUAAUUAUUCUCAAUCAACUUCCUGAUCUUUGACAUGUGAAAAUUCCAAAAUAUUUUUUACUUUGUCAACUGUCCGUGUUUUAUCGUAAGGUUUCUUUCUAUUCACUUGUGUGAUUUUAAUAUUUAGACAGCAUGCACACUUGUAGUAUUUUUUCCCCACUUAGGUGUCUUUUGCGUCUCUAAAGCCCAUCACUUGACUUGCGGUUUUGAUGUGUCUGUUGUAUGAAGUGUUAAGUGUUUCGGAUAAUUCGUUGCUUCGUGCGAUGAGUUCCUCAACUUUGAGUAAAUUUUCAGGACAUAUCAUGGGAACUUCAAAUGUGUGUUCAGAAAGGCCCUUAUACAAUGGUAAGACUACGUACAAUUAGUUCUAGGAACGGCUUUUUUAGUCUUGACCAACGAACAUGGAAUGGAAAUUGACAUUUUUUAUUAUGCAAUGGGGGAUGAGGGGAGUCUGCUCAUUCAGUGUUAACACUGGAUGGGUUACAUAGUUCAACAUAAAAUGAAGAUUAAUGUUAAAACUUAAUUUAUGGACAGCCUUUGAACAAUGUCAAGGUGAACUUAAAAUACUUCACCUACUAGCUAGCGUCUAAAGAGGGUUAUAAUUUAGUUUGUGGAAUUAUAAUUGGGACUUAAAAUUGUAUGUUAGGGUUAAAUAUUAGAGUUAAGGCUUUUCUUAUGAGGGCCUCACCCCAAGCCUUUGACCUAGAAGUCUAGCCCAAAAGGCAGUUGGGCAGCGUCAGGAGAUGCAGUUCUAUGACACAUGGUGACCAUCAAUAGGUGCAUACGACAUUCGUUCCCUCAGGACCCUGGAGCCAGCCCAUGUACACCAUUGGUUUGGAAUCAGGGUUUUUCAACUAUCCUAGAUGUAUCCUCCAUAUUCGCUAAUCCGGUUAAAGCACCGGAUAUUCGCUUUUCGUCCUCUCACUUUGGUAAACAACACUCGUGGUGCGAGAAGGAAGUGAGUAGGACUUCCUUGGUAGUGGCUGUAUUGAUGUUACCAUGUGAGAGCAUUUCGUAUUCUGCUUGCUGUCAAAAAUCUUAAGUAGCCCAUAGAUUUUAGUUCUACAGAUUUUCGAAGCCUAUAGAUUCUGUCAGCUUAAGUAAUUUGUCAACUUUGUGUUUUUCGACCACAGCCCGAUUAUUGUUAUUUAGUUUAGUUUUUAAUCCGUACUUAUCUAAUGAUUUGUACUUUUUCUCAACAGUAUCAACAGGUUUGAUACAGAUAAACGUUUGUCACUUCAUAGUACAGUUAUUGAAGUAGUGUAGAACCGAAACAACACUAUGAUUUCACUUGGUCCUUGUUUUUACUAGCUGCUUAAACACCAACAGCAUUGGAGUUUGUGGUUUGAUAUCUACCACCCGUUUUAUAAGGAGAACUUUCCGCGGCAAUAAUGAUCAAAUCUUCACCAUGCAGUACAAAGAAUCCAGUAAACGACUAAGAUAAGGUACAGAAAAACCAUAAAAAUGAUUCGAAAAAGAGAAAGCCAUACAGAGUACCGGUUUAUGUUGAACACUGGAAAGACCUUGAGUUUUUAUCAGUCAGUUAUGUAUCUAUUUUGGUCGGUCAUUCAGUCAGCUACAAAGUAGGACCAGGCACAUAUAUGCAUCGGUCCAAGUUGCCAUACCUCAUUAGCACAGCAAGAUGAACACCGGAUUCAUAGAAUCAGUUAAUUCAAUCGUGUAAUAUAUAAAAGAAAGAUUUUAUGUAAGGAUGUAGUACAGGAAGAAAGGAUUGGUUGAUAGGAAGAAAGAUAUGAGGCGAUUUUCAUCUCAUAGUUUAAGGGAAGAUAGUGUGUGCAUCUACGCUAAUGUGAUCGAUUCUGAGCCAGUAUCCAACCAUUGGUUACGAAAGUCACGCGGACCCUAACCAAGUAGUCUGCAUCUACCAACAUGGCUCAGACCAGAAGUUAGUGACUUCAAGGACUGAUGCCACGUUUUGGUCUGGCCGCCCCUUACUUUCUUCCAACCAUCCAAUACCAGUCAGCAUUGCGCGUCGUGGUAAACGGUGUUCAGGCAUACGUUACACGUGGCCUAACCAUCUGUCAUUAUUAUUAUUAUCAUUAUUAUUUGAACACAUAGAUAUUAGCACAAGGCGACACCAAAUAUAUAUGCGCCACAAAAAUCUCAUUUGAUUUGUGUGGGGGCUGUGAUAGUGCCAGGGGGCCCAAACCGAAUCAGGUGGUUCUCUUAUGGGGCCACACCCGGAGCCUUCGACCUAAAGGUCUGAUCCACAAGGCAGUGGAACAACAUAAGGAGAUGCAGUUCCAUGGUAACCGGUGACCAACGAUUGGUUCAUACUCUAUUUGUUCCUUGAGGAUCCUAGAGCCAGCCCAUGUGCACCAUUGGUUUGGAAUCAGUGUUUUCCAACUCCCCUAGGUGAACUCUCCAUGUCCACCAACCCAGUUAAAGCACCGGAAAUCCGUUUUUGGUCCUCUCAAUUUGGUAAACAACACUCGUGGUGCGAGAAGGCAGUGAGUAGGACUUCCCUGGUAGUGAUUGUAUGCCUGUGGCCAUGUGAGAGCAUUUGGAGAGAGAGAGGGAGUGCCGACCUUCACCACUCUCGGCCGUACCAGGGCAUUUGGGGGUGCCAUCUCAGUCGGUGAAGAUUCACAACCUCAUCAACUGAUUUACCCUGCGUCUAACCUCCCUAUUACUUACCCGGUGAUCCAUCAGUAUGUCUAUGAUGAAGUUAAACAAAAAUGGAGAAAGUGGACAGCCUUGACGGACACCACUCGAGGUUGCAAACGCAGAUGACAGUUCGCCAUAAGCUCUGAAUCGAUUAAUAGUGUUCGAGUAAAGAGCCUUCUUAAGGUUUAUGUACUUGUGAGGUAAGCCUUUCAGUGAGGAACACUGCCACAGAACCUCUCAGUCUAUAGAGUCAAAUGCUGCCUUCUAAGUCAAGAAAGACCACCAUUGUCGGACGCCGAUAAGUAUGCCUGUGUUCUAGAACCUGACGAAUGGUGAAUAUGUGGUCGAUGCAGCCACGACCAGGUGUGAAGCCAGCCUGAUUUUUUCGUGUUUGCAGUUCACGUUUCUUUGUUAUGUGCCCAAUAAUUAUUGAGGCUAGUAUUUUAGAUGCUAUGUUAGUCAAACUAGUCCCUCUAUGGUUGUCACAGGAUGAUUUUGAUCCUUUCUUAUAUAUUGGGACAAUAAGUGAUUGCGACUAGUCAGAUGGGAUAACAUCCAACUCCCAGAUUUUAGCUAAAAUAUUAGUCAGCCUAAUCACCGAAAUUGGACCACCAUCCUUGAAGACCUCUGGAGCCAAUCCAUGUGAAUCAGCUGCUCUUCCUCGUUUCAGAUUAACUAUAGCCUUUUGAACUUCAGCUAGAGUCGGGGGACCUACUUCAAUGUUCCAUUCACGCUAGCUGGGAAUGUUGAGUAAUUGUAGAGUAGCUGAAGGCCAGCCGAACUGUACUCUAAAAUGUUCCGCCCAUCGUUCUAACCGUCUGGGCUGGGAGCAGAUAAGUGUCGUCCUUUUCCGACAUAGUUUCACUUACACUUGACAUUUUAGUCCUUGUUUCUUUUAUGAGUCUGAAGAGCUGUCUUGUGUUACCUAUAGCCGCCGCCUUUUCCAUCUCUUUCACUUUCGUUGCCCAUUACUGCUCACGGUCGUCCCUUAAGCUUUUGGUUAACCUAGAUCUGAUUCGCUUCUGCUCAUCAUCGUGUUCAGAGCUUGAUGGGAUGAGUUUACGAGUGCAAUAGACCUAGAAGGAAUCCAUUGGUUUGUUGUAACCCUUUGGUUUAAAUCACUAAUAGAUGUCACUGCUGUUUCCACAGCUGUUUGUAUAUCUUUCCAAGCAACAUCUGGGUCAGCCUCGUAUUCAGAACUACCUAAGUGUGACCUCAGUUGUUCCUGGAAUCUACUUUUGGCUUUCUCGUCACUCAAUUCAAUUCUAAUGAGUCUUUUUAAUGUGGCUUUUCUUCGACCAGUGAGGUGAAAGUAGAUGCGUGUCCGUAUUAGGGCGUGGUCGGAAUCCAAGCAGGCAUUCCAGAACGAGCGAUAAUCUUCUAUCGAGCAUCUCUGUUGAUGACUGAUGGCAAUAUGGUCUAUUUGAGCCCAUUGUUGGUUUGGUGCAGGGGGUCGCUAUGUUAUUGUCUAAAUAUUUUUUCAAAUGGGUGUUAUGAUUUAGUUGUCAGGAUAUCUUUCGUGUUACCUAAAUGAAAAUUACAUUGUAAAUGUAUGCUACCUCCAAAUUCAAGUUACAAUUUACAAGAAAACUCGUAGACAUGUUACAUGAUUCAGUACUAUCUCACGGCUCUGGCAUUUAUUUAUUUUAACAUUCCAGACUUCUACUCAUUAGCUUAAACUAAUGCAAAUAGCUUUGUUAGGUGAUUUUAGUACAACGUGAUUUCUAACAGGCUUAUUGUUUGAUCCCUGCUGGGAAAUCAGGUUGGUAUUUUUCCUUUCUAGUCAGCUACUUUAAGCUCCAUUUCUCUUUUAUUGUGAAACUCAAAUUAGUUUACAUAUAUUAUCUCCGAAAUUUCCUAGAAAGUGUUCCGGGUAGUUAUACCAAUCGAGUGAGGUUUAGUUUUUGGACGAAUCCCAAUUGAAACUUGGUCUCUUUUUCAACAAGCAAAAUCAAUGACAUUUCCAAUUUGUACAGAAAGUAAUCACGCUCCAUUUAAAGAUCAGAUUGACGAUGAGACCGUAAUGUUUGAUCUGGACAUGAGCGUGGAUACUUUGCCUGAUACACCCCUAAAGAAUGAUGAUGGUGACUCGGACACACAAAAGACUCGGACGAAUCAGUCCAGUAAUUCUCUUUCCGCCACUCCUUCAAGACGUGAAAGUAAAAUGAAGUCAGAUAUGUCUCGUUCUACUUCCAUCUCAGGACUUACGGAUAAUGUUAACUUGGAGGACAUUUAUGAGUACGACUGGGCUGAUAGUGAUUCUGAAUCACCUGGUGGAAAACAUGAGAAGGAGUCAUACAUAGUUCAAGAAGUUCUUGCUGACUUUUUAAAGGUUAAAUCUUUUAAACGCAAGUACCCUGAUCUAGCUAGGCGCGCUAUGGAUGCUUAUGAACGAUCGUGGUUGCAACAAGAGGGGAUUGUUCCCGUUGGUCGUGCAGACCUUGGUCUCACAGCACUCAAAACUGAUGAUGUUAUGAAGCUUUUGCAACAGGAUUACCCAGAGAUACACAUUGCUCUCACGGAUUUGUUUCGUCGACGAAAAUUUAAAACGGCUGUCGAGAAUCAAAAGCGUCAGUAUGAAGCUGCUCGUAUUGAACGUGGAGAGGCUCGAGCUGAAGCAGCUCGCAGACGAGCGUUAGAUUCUGCUGCCGAUUACAAUCAUCGCCUGAUUACCGAACGUAUGAGUUCAAGACGUUGUUAUUGGGAUUUACAGACAAUGCAAAUUCACAUUCCCCAGAGAAUUUAUAAGUUAUUAGAAUACCCAACUUUUCCCAAUGGUGCAUAUCCUGUGGCAGUCAUACCUGGACAGUUUGCAGAAUAUUUUAUGAGCUAUACUCCUGAACAGUUAUCAUACCUUCCAUUAUCACGUGUUUUAUAUCCACAUCCACUACGAAAACAUAGAAAUCCACCUCCUCUCCCCACAACACUUCGAUUUGGUUCGAUUAAGCCGAAAGUCAAUCCACCUACUAUGACCUCUUGUGAUUUCGGUGAUCAAAAUUCAUUUGGUUUAGACCAUUCUAGAUCUAUUGACUCUUUAAACCAUCAAACCACAAGCUCAAUGGAAGGUCUUCGGACUAGAUAUGCAAACGGAUCACUAUUAUCAAGUGGGGUUGCUAAUUCAAACAUGUUAGUUGGUGAUAAAUCAUCGGUUUCUGAUGUAGAAACAGAUAAAAUCAGUAAUUCGAUCUAUCGACGAUAUAAAACAAAUACAGAAAUAAAUACAGAAAAUCCUAUUUGUGUUGUAUGUGGCCAAUUAGCUAUGAAUUAUAUACGUUGUUCUGAGUGUAAAUUAAUUGGUCAUCCAAAAUGUUUGGAUAUACCUGAUUCUAUGCUGUCAGGUGUGAAAAGCUAUGAUUGGACAUGUUUAGAGUGUAAACGGUGUGUGGAAUGUAAUGACUCAGGUCAAGAAGAUCAAAUGAUGUUUUGCGAUCGUUGUGAUAGGGGUUAUCAUGCAUUUUGUGUUGGUUUAGGACGAAUUCCUAAUGGAAAUUGGGAAUGUUUAUUAUGUGAAUCAUUGCCAACUCCGCCUAGAAAAGGACGUCCUAGAAAAAAUAGACCUAAAGACUCGGAUGAUUUACCAUGGGGUUAUAGUGUGAAGAAACCACGUAAAUCAAUAUUGAAGCGGAAAAUUUGUCGAACACCAGGUGUUAAUGAUACCAAAGACAUAUCUUUAGCAUAUAGUUCUUAUCCAUACGGUAGCGUCCAACCAAUAGUCCCUGGUGCUGAAUUAGUACCUAAACGACGUCGAGGCCGUCCUCCAACAAAAAAUCGCGUUAUUGUAUCUCUUCCACCCCCGUCUUCUCCAUAUUUUUCGAAUCCAAUCAACUUUAGUCCUACUCGUUCAGAUGUUUCUGUACCCCUACCAACCUCUCCACCUACACCAUUAUCGAUCAAAGUGUCUAUGAUUGAAAGUGAACCUUCAGGACUAUGUCCAGUUAACUCCAUUCCAACUAAAAUAGAAUCCUUUGUUGCGGAAAAAGUUGAUAUUUCCGAAAAGUCUGAACAUUUAAAACCGGAUAACAAUGAUAGUAUUAUUAAUAAUAGUAGUACGGUCGAUAAAACUGAAAAUGACAUUGUGAAACAUGUUGGUGAAAUGCAGAUUCCUUCUUCAACAAAUUCAUCUGAAUCAAAUAAUAUUGAAAAGUGAUUAUUCAUUUAAACUGUUAACCAUCUUUUACCCUCCAGGCUUUGUAUAUUUAUCCAUUGUACUUAAAGGUCCCUAGUUUCAUUUUUAAUAACUAGUUUUAGUUAUCUUUCUUUCCGUGUAUUUGUAAUAAUGAAAUUUAUAUUCUAUAUUUCAAAUAUGGUUGAAUUUCUGAAAUAUAUUUAUUGUUAUAAGUCAGUUAUUUUGUUUGUUUAUGGAUUAUUUAUUUAUUUAAACGCUAACAUUGGUACAAAGGAGCAUCGAAUACAUAUACGUCACACACGUCACUUGAUUGGUGUGUGAACUGUCAUAUUGCCCCAGGUGCCCAAACCGAAUCAGGUGGUUCUCUUAUGGGGCCAUAUCCGGAGCCUUCGACCUAAUGGUCUGAUCCACAAGGCAGUGGAACAACAUAAGGAGAUGCAGUUCCAUGGUAACCGGUGACCAACGAUUGGUUCAUACUCUAUUUGUUCCUUGAGGAUCCUAGAGUCAGCCUAUGUGCACCAUUGGUUUGGAAUCAGUGUUUUCCAACUCCCCUAGGUGAACUCUCCAUGUCCACCAACCCGGUUAAAGCACCGGAAAUCCGUUUUUGGUCCUCUCAAUUUGGUAAACAACACUCGUGGUGCGAAAAGGCAGUGAGUAGGACUUCCUUGGUAGUGGUUGUAUUGGUAUUGUCAUGUGAGAGCAUUUGGAGAGAGAGUGAGAGUGAAAGGGGUGACUGACUUUUCCCACCCUCGGCCGUACUAGGGCAUUUGGGGGCUUAUGUUUAUCAGUAUGAGUUAUUUGUGGAGAUUGUAGUGUUUUCCCAGUUGGAAGCACGAGUCUAUUUAAGUUAUACCUAUAUAUUGGUUUUCAAUAGUGGACAAAGAGGCUAUCCAAUGCUUCUAGGUUUUCAAUGGUAAUCUAGCUUAGACUGACUUGUGAUUUCAAUUAUGAAAAGAUUUAUUGAUACCAGUUAAAUAUUAAAAACAAACAUGAAGUUCAACGAAACGACCUCUUUCCAAGUAAUUUAUUAUCAAACUGUACAAUCAUAUACUAAUAUGUAAUAAUUCUGUAAAGACAUAAAGAAAGAAUGAACAUGAUUAUUUUAUAAAUAGAUUAUAACACUAGAUUAUAUACUGUUGUAUAAUUUCUACGGGGCAUGUACAAUUAAUAAGAGUGUAAAAUUAUUUAUUGAAUUCUAGUGUGAAUAAAGUGAAAUAAUUAAAACACUGUUAAAGGUAUGUUAUAACUUGUGGCCUAUAUGCCCUGUUAAUGUAUAAUAUGAUGAUACAGCUAAUUAGAGAGCGACGAAUUAUCGAUCGAACCAGUGACGCAUAAAACACGUGCGAGUAGCCUAGAGUCCUUAUUCGUCUCGCUUCCUGUCUAGCCCAGCCAGUGAAGUUCAAAACACCAAUCUCAG